AUGGAACAUAGCUCUGCAGAAGACUCGGACAUUAGUGAUUCAGAUAUCGCUGAGCACAAGGAGGAGAUUUGUGCCCAAAUCCGAGCCGGAAAACUGAAAGUGAAGCGUGGUGAGGCCUUCCGAUGCCCUUUCUGCCCUGGUAAGAUGAGGCAGGACUACAACCUGAAGGAUCUACUGCAGCAUGCCACAGGAAUAGGGUCUGCUUCUAAGCGCAGUGCCAAGGUGAGGGCAUCGCACCUGGGGCUUGCUAUGUUCUUGGAGAAGGAUAUAGCCAGCUCGUUGGAGAAACCAUUGCAAAUUGUUCCCUACAAGCCAAAAACUCCAAAGGAUGAAGAGAUUUUUGUGUGGCCAUGGAUGGGCGUCGUGGUUAAUUUACAGUGUGAGUUGAAAGGCGAAGAAGUUUCCAGGGAAAGUGAAGAAAGGCUAACAGCACAGCUCUCGCGGUUCAGACCCCUCCAAGCCACAAUUCUUGGGGAUGGGAAGGACCAACCGUUUUGCGCUAUCAUCAAGUUUGCUAAGGACUGGAGUGGAUUUAAGGGUGCAAUGGCUUUUGAAAAACAUUUCGUACUUGAGCACUACAGUAAGCCUGAUUGGAAAGAAAGAAAUUGCAGAAAGGACGAUCUUUAUGGAUGGCUUGCAAAAACAGAUGAUUACAACUCCGCUGGGCCAAUUGGGGAGUAUCUAAGGAAAAAUGGAAAUCUUAAAAGUGUUGCUGACCUGGAACGAGAGGGACUGAAAGAAACUGGCGAGCGUGUAGCUCAUUAUGCUCUCCAAAUUGAGGACACAAAUACACACAUGCUUGAACUGGAGCAGAAGAAGAAUGUGAAUGCCAUGAAACUUGCUAGGAUGUUGGAGGAGAACGAUCGAUUGGUUGAAGAGCACAAUGAAAGGAUACUAAAUAUGCAGCAAGCUGCUCGUCGAAAUUCUUGGAAAAUAAUUAAUGACAAUAUUAGAUUGCAUGAAGAACUGGAAACCAAGAAAAAAGAAAUUGCCAGGAGACAUAAGGAACUCGAAAAGUCGGUUAUAAAUAGUACUGACAGAGAAAAGCUUGAAGCGACAAAAGAAGAGAUUGCAAAGGAGAACAAGCUUCUUGAUUUAGCAACCCUAAAGCAGAAGGAAGAAGAUGAGAAGUUCUUAAAACUUGUAAAGGAACAAGAGCAAGAGAAAGAAGAAGUUAUGAAGAUGCUAUAUGAUUUAGAAAUGCAGUUGGCUUCCAAACAAAAACUUGAACUGGAAAGAGAACAACUGAGGGGGAAUCUUGAGGUACGGAAGCAUAUGGGAGAGGAAGAUGCAAAAUCGAAGGAGAUGCUCGAUAAGUUGCAUGAAGAACUGAAAGAGAGAGAUGAAGAAAUGGAGAGUAUUGAUUCUAUUAACCAGGCUCUUAUUAUUAAGCAACGCAGAACCAAUGAUGAGCUGGAAGAAGCCAAGAAAGAACUGAUUACUGACCUAGUUAAAAUGUCAUCAGUUCGAUCCAUUCUUGGUGUCAAAAGAAUGGGUGAGCUUGACGAUAAAGCUUUCCUUGCCUCUUGCAAAGAGAAAACAACAGAUGAGGAGGAGUUGGCAACUCUGUGCUCGAAAUGGGGAGAUGAGAUCAGGCAACCAGAAUGGCAUCCUUUCAAAGUUAUUGAUGUUGGUGGACAGGCAAAGGAAAUAAUUAGGGAGGAUGAUGAGAAGCUGCAAGCUUUGAAGGCUGAACUGGGUGUGAAGGCACACGAUGUGGUCGUCGAGGCCCUCCUUGAGAUGAACGAGUAUAAUCCAAGCGGCAGGUACCCCAUACCAGAGCUGUGGAAUUUCAGGGAGGACCGGAGAGCACCAAUGGGUGAGGCAGUAGCCUACAUAGUGAAGCGGUGGAAGGCGAACAAGGGGAAGCACACCUACUACGCCUGA